UCUAGCUAGUCUACAUUUUCUCUACUUAGGAAAAAUUGAUUUUAAGCUACACUUAAAAAAUAUGAGCACAUACUCACUUGGAGCCCACAAAUCAUUUUUAUUUGUGAUUUUCUUCACCGUAUUGUCUAUUGGUUGGAGCCUUAGGGUGAUCCCAAUUCAUGGUAAGCUGAUGGGUUUGCAAGAUGAGAAAGCGUCAAUUAGAGACAAAAAGGACGAAGCAAGACAAGACAAUGCUGGAAUGGAACUCUACCCAACCGGUUCGACCAUACCGGAUUGUUCCCAUGCAUGUGGACCAUGUUCACCCUGCAAGAGGGUCAUGGUGGGUUUUAGCAAGUGCUCGAUGGCAGAGUCUUGCCCUAUCGUUUACCGAUGCAUUUGUAAAGGCAAAUACUACCAUGUUCCCUCUAAUUGAUCGAUGAUUAUCGUAGUUUAUCAUUUUUGUUAGAAGUUUAGGAUCAUUGUUGUAAUUCUGAAGGUGAUGAUUGGAGCUGGUUAGAUUGGUUAGGCAUUGUUAGAAAGAAGAAAAAAUUAAGUGGAAAAAUUCAUA